UACUGGCCUUUCGCUUUUAAAAGUUGCGCACAGGCAAGUGUCCCGUCUGAGUGGUGGCUCAGCAGACUUCGGAACGUUUGCUGGGGACAGAGGACAGGCGGUGCAUCGUCUCAUCAUCCCUCCCGUGCCCAGGGAAGUGACAGCAGACCAGUGACUGGCACAAAAGGGCCGGAAGUGGGUGCAAGGGAGGGCUGUUGCCGUCGGCACCUCUGGAGACGGAAGGUGGGCUGGUGGUGGGCUGGGGUCGGGUCCCAGAGCCGCUGGAAACUCAGACUCCGCCCCGGCUCUGCCCCGCCAGGCUCCUGGGUGGAGUUGCACUUCAGCAGCAGCGGGAACGGGGGCGGCGUGCCGGCCUCGGUGUCUGUUUACAACGGCGACAUGGAGAAGAUACUGCUGGACGCCCAGCACGAGUCUGGACGGAGCAGCUCCAAGAGCUCCCACUGCGACAGCCCACCUCGCUCGCAGACGCCACAGGAUAUUAAUAGAGCUUCCGAAACAGACACCCAUAGCAUUGGAGAGAAGAACAGCUCUCAGUCGGAGGAAGAUUAUAUUGAGAGAAGGAAAGAAGUGGAGAGCAUCUUGAAGAAAAACUCAGACUGGAUAUGGGAUUGGUCAAGUCGGCCGGAGAACAUUCCCCCCAAGGAGUUCCUCUUCAAACACCCGAAGCGCACGGCCACCCUCAGCAUGAGGAACACGAGCGUCAUGAAGAAGGGCGGCAUAUUCUCGGCCGAAUUCCUGAAGGUCUUCCUUCCGUCUCUGCUGCUGUCCCACCUGCUGGCCAUCGGAUUGGGGAUCUAUAUUGGAAGGCGUCUGACGACCUCCACCAGCACCUUCUGAUGAAGAAUUGGAAGCCAACUCUGUCCACACAGCGGGGAUUUCUAUCUGAGCUUGCAGCACAGCUGACUGAAGAGCUGUCGUGAUCCUUGGGUGGCUGCAUAGCUUGUGUUUAUCUGCUCUGUAAAUGCUGUGUUUCUUUUAGUAAAAUGAAAGAACAGACACCAGAACCAUGCUGACCUAUAAGUAUACCUAUGGGAUCAAUUAAUAAGCAUGUCAGACUGAUUAUCUACUGUAACAAUUUGGUAGUGAAUUUUAUUUGGAUAUUAGAUACUAAACAUAAAUAAUUUUAAUAUACUAGUUAUGAUAUAUGUAGUAUUUUAAAAAUUACCUGUAACGUUAAUUCAGUUAAAACACUUUCCAUUUCAAAAGAAUGGAUAACAUUGGUAUUACAAUUACUACUUUAAGGGGUUUGUCUAAAAUAAAUAUUGUGGCCUUAUAU